AAAAACAGCCAAGAAAAAGAGUGGUUUUGUGAAACGUCCUGCCUAUCUACUGCAGAGACAGAGGCUUGACACAUUUCUUCUUAUUAUUAUGCCUAGUGGUAGGUGAGUGCCCAGCCAUGGAUUGCGCCUGCAAAACUACAUAUACCAUUUCAUAACACAGAGAAUAUUCGCCUCUUUACGCAGCUCUCUUGGCUUUUUCUCACCUGCCCCUUGCUCUGGAAAAUCGGCCCUUUUGUCUCAGUGAAACCCACUUGUUUGGUGUGCAUUACAUAAAACGCUGUGUGAAUGUAUUUUGCUUACACCCUCGAGCAAAAUGCCGCUUCCAACGUGAUGCUUGCAGAGAAAAGGAAACAAGUGCACAGAGUGUGCACCCAUUAGCCCAAAUCAUCCGUAUAAUCAUAUGUCAAGCCAUGUUAGUAGGAAAUGAAUGUGUGUUAUGAGUUGAGGACAAUCCCACUUGCUGUCCUGGCCUGCUGCCCAUUUGUCCACUCUGGUUGUACUAAGGAGAGAGAAAACAAACAGAAAAAACAACAGAGAAAGAAAAAAAACAACUCUUGGGCUGACUUUUUGAGUAAAUUAAAUGAAGGAGAGGGAGGGGGAUGUCCAGUAAUAUGGACGCAAUGCUGGGUGUCGGGCUAUGUUGUUGUGUAUUUAUUUUCUGCUAAGUUGGCAGUGGUUCAGCUGGCUGACUGAUUCUCCGCACUGUGGGGGACUCUGUUUUGGCUCUGGGAAACAAGCCCAUUAAAACAGCACUCACAAAAUUCACCAUUGUUCCAGGGGAGGGAGAAUGCGUCUGGGCUGGGAACAGUCCUGUUCGUAAUACAAAGACUGCACUCUUGGGGAUUUUAUUGUGGUAAGCGCAGCGUUCACUGGGCUGAAGAGGAGUCAAAGCAGACAUCUUCCAAAAUGAAGUUUAUGAAGCUGGGAUCCAAACCAGACAUAUUUCAGGCAGAGGGUAAUAUCAGGCGUGUGGCAACGGAGCUGUCAAGUGACAUUGUUAUAAACAUUGAAGGUGCAAAGUUCUAUCUUCACAAGUUCCCUCUUAUGUCAAAGAGCAUCUGCUUACAGGGUUUGGUAGCAAAAUCUUGCGAAUCAGAGAAUGAUGAAUUGGAUCUUCCUGAUUUUCCUGGAGGGCCAGCAGCUUUUGAGAUCUGUGCCAAAUUCUGCUAUGGAAUUGUUGUUACUUUGAAUGCCUACAAUGUUCUUCCCAUUCGUUGUGCUGCAGAAUAUCUUGGGAUGACAGAAGCAAUAGAGAAGGGUAAUUUAAUAUAUAAAAUUGAGGUGUUUUUUAGCUCAAGUAUUUUUCGCAGCUGGAAAGAUUCCAUUAUUGUCCUGCAGACCACUAAACUGCUAUCACCUUGGUCAGAGGACCUAAAGGUGGUUGGAAGAUGUAUUGACUCAAUAGCUGCCAAGACAUCAGUUGAUCCUGCUAAGGUUGAUUGGUCCUUCACUUACACUAGAGCAAAAUUGGCAAGUGAUCAACCAUGCAUGGCAAAAGAUAGUAGUCCCGUGUGGAAUGGAAAUCAAAGUCGUAAACAUCGCUAUGUUCCAAAGGAUUGGUGGAUUGAGGACAUUUGUGAACUGGAUAUUGAUUUGUACCAGCGAGUAAUGGCUGCCAUUAAAACCAAAGGAAGAAUGUCACAUGAACUAAUAGGAGAAGCACUGAAGGUUUACACUCUUCGAUGGUUACCUGGAGUUUCAAAGGACAGUGAAGUCAAAGAUGCUGUUAAAAAUGGAAAUGGAUCAGUUUCAGAUGACUAUGUAGAGACAGCAGCAAAGCACAGGGUUCUUUUGGAAGCUAUUGUAAAUUUGUUACCUUCAGAGAAAGGAACGACCUCCUGUAGCUUUUUGUUGAAGUUAUUGAAAGCCGCUACUAUACUGGGAGCAGAAACCUCCUCCAAAAUGGAACUUGUAAGAAGAAUAGGGCUUCAAUUGGAAGAAGCUUCCCUCAGUGACCUUUUGAUUCCAUCUUUAUCGUACACAAAUGACUCUUUGUAUGAUGUAGACCUUGUACAAUGCAUACUGGACCAUUUUCUGAUGCAGGACCAGAGUCCUCAAGCCAGUCCAGAAAAAUCAAAGCUACCAUAUGAGAGGAGAACAAGAUCUUCUGAAAAUGUGGAACUCAGUGAAGGCAGAAUAUCAGCUUCUGCUACUCAUAGUUCCAAGUUGAGUGUUGCAAAACUUAUUGAUGGAUACCUGGCAGAAAUUGCUCGUGAUGCACACCUACCUCUGUCAAAGUUUAUCAAUCUUGCUGAAUCUAUAUCUAAUUUUGCAAGACCUGUUCAUGAUGGGUUGUAUAGGGCCAUUGACAUAUAUUUGAAGGAGCAUCCUGGACUGUCAAAGAGUGAAAAAAAAAAGAUAUGCAGUUUGAUGGAUUGUAAGAAGUUAUCCAUGGAUGCUUGUAUGCAUGCUGCACAGAAUGAACGUUUACCUCUGCGCAUAGUUGUGCAGGUGCUUUUCUUUGAGCAAGUCAGAACUGCCAUGACAGGUGGAUUCUUGCUGAAUGACUUACCAAAUAGCGUCAAAGCAUUAGUACCUCCAGAAAAUGGAUCUCAAGGAAGCUUUCAGUCAGCCACAAAUCCUGAAGAUGAGUGGGAUGCAGUUCAUGACGACCUAAAAAAUUUAAGAGGAGAUCUAGGUUCCAUGAAGAUUAGAAUAGCUGAACCUGAAACAGAACAAACUAACAUGCAUCAAACAGCAGUUAAAAAUAUAAAAUCAAGAGGCUUAUUUAUGUUACCAUCAAGAUCAAAGAAGAUUCUCCAGAAGUUAUGGACAAAUAAAGCACAUUCUGAAUUCAGGAGUUCCGAGACAUCGGGAAGCUCUGCAAGUCCUAUUUCUGUAAAUCCUGUUGAUACAAAAUCAACAGCUUCAAGACAGAGGCGACACUCAAUAUCAUAGGCCUUACCUUGGAGAAUAAUAUUGGUGGUAUUUCCUUUGAACCAGGUCGAGAACAUGUUGCAUCAAAAUAUACUUGAGACUGUAACCCUCGUCUCAUAGUUUCCUCUUCAUGGCUGAGGGGUCCCCUACAGAUAUAAUUUACAUCAACAUUGUUCUAACAUCUUUAAUGAGCAGUAUCAGGUUAGUUACUGUUUGCAUAUUGUCAUAUCCACCGUACAAGUGACAGGGUUAAAGGGAAUCAGUUUUGUUUAAUGCUUGUUGCGGGGCACUAAUUUUUAGCUGCUGUACCAUUACACCAAUUUAGAAUUUUGUUCAGGCUUUUAGCAGUCCCAUCUAUUCUCUAUGGGGAAUACCUGGCUCUUAUUUUCCUUGUAAACUGUUGUGAUAAUAUAUAGAAUUUGCCUAUUGUGUUGAA